CGUCCUGGGAGGCAUCAUUCCGAAGAUGGCCAUCCGAUUCACAUCCUACGAAACGUACAAGCAAUGGCUCGCGGACAAAGAGACUGGAGCCGUGACCAGCAAGGCCACAUUCCUCGCUGGUCUCUGCGCUGGUGUGACGGAAGCCGUGGCGGUGGUCAACCCAAUGGAAGUGAUCAAGAUCCGUCUGCAAGCACAACACCACAGUCUGUCGGACCCUCUGGACACCCCCAAGUACCGCAGCGCCCCGCACGCCCUGUUCACCGUCAUCCGAGAGGAAGGAUUCAGCACCCUGUACCGCGGUGUCUCGUUGACUGCCCUCCGCCAGGGAACGAACCAGGCAGCCAACUUCACCGCCUACACGGAGCUGAAGGCCUUCCUCCAGCGAAGCCAGCCCGAGUACGCCAACUCGCAGCUUCCGUCCUACCAGACGACCUGCAUCGGAUUGAUCUCCGGUGCCGUCGGACCCUUCUCCAACGCCCCCAUCGACACCAUCAAGACGAGACUGCAGAAGACCCGCGCCGAGCCCGGCCAGUCCGCCGUGACCCGCAUCGUGGUCAUCGCCAAGGACAUGUUCAAGCAGGAGGGUGCCGCCGCUUUCUACAAGGGUAUCACGCCCCGUGUGAUGCGAGUGGCCCCGGGCCAAGCCGUCACGUUCACUGUCUAUGAAUUCCUGAAGGGCAAGCUUGAGCAAUCGCGGUGGCCCUUCGUCGGCGGCACUUUCGAGGAGUAGCGGCGGGGAAAAG